AUGGAAAAAGGUAGUGGAAGAGGAUGGCGAGGAGGAGGCGGCGGUGAAACCCAUUGGUAUCGUGGCAGAGGCGGAGGUAGUGGUGUAAGAGGUUGUGGCGAUUUUGGCGGCCGUGGCCGUGGCGGUGGCGGUGCACAUGGCGGUGGCAGCUGCUUCCAGAAUCAAGAGCGAGAGAAGACCGCCAUCGUUGACUUUGCCAGGGAGAAAAAGUACAACUGCCCUCUGGAGGCUAUCUGCAACAUGAUACCGCUCAAGUUUGACCCAAACAAAGAAGUCUUUGCCUAUAUUUUGUCGUAUGAAUUCAAGGAUGGUGCCCCGAAUUUGCAGGAUGGCCUGAAAGAACGGGCCUCAGAGGAACUGCUGCGAAAGAUGCGAAAAGAGUGUCCUGAAGUCAAAAAUUUUGAUAUCGAUUUGUGCGUUUGCACAGGUCAAAGUAUUUUGUCCCCAGAACGACUCCCAAUUGAGGAAUUCACACAUGAGUUCACAGUAAAGUCAAGAAAGGGUAACCGUGUAUAUUCCUAUAUUCUUACCAUCGCCAGACCUGAGGUUAUCGUACUCAACGGCGAAAAGUAUCGAGUUGAGGUGAACAGCAUUGUUGGGAAGGCAAUACAAGUAUGCUAUGGAGAAAAGAUGGGUGGAAAGUACGCCGAUAUUCGGGCGGGCACGACGGCUCCUGGAGGACGCAUUACCACCUUCGAUUGCGUUGUGCCAAAGGUGUUGACCACCACAGCGAAAGGGGUGCAGAUGGCGGUGCUGCAGAUCGACGCGCUGGUCUCUGUUGCAUCUGCACAAAACUGCCUUGAAAUUCUCGAAGAUAUAAAACGACGUGGAGACCAAAACGUCCAAAGGGCACUACUAGAGCGCUUCUCAAAGAAAAAGGUCUGCACCAUCUUUCAUGGUCACCGCGGAGCGGUUUACACAGUAAUUGAUAUCUCGGACAAAAAGGCGAAAGAAGAUGCCGAAUUGAAGAAAAAUCCUGGGCAGACAUUUGUGGAGUACUUUGCACAAAAAUACGGUAUACAUCUCAUGCCUAAGCAGGUACUGUUCAGGUGUCGUACGAGUUCAGGCAAGAAGGUGCUGGUGCCGCCGGAAGUCUUGCAUGAAAUGUGCAUCAGUGAACAGGACCGGCGGCAGCUGCCGCAGCUCUGUUCGCUGUACCCAAAUGAACGCAUGGAACGGGUCAAAAAAGCGAUCGAGCGUCUCAAACAUGAGAGUGAUGGCAAAGCCAUGAAAAUUCUAAAUUCCUUUGGAAUUUUGCUGCAGAACAACUUUUUGAAAGUUGCUGGAAAUGUGCUGCCGCCCAUUUUAGUUCUUGUUCCACAAGCAAACGGGCACAAAAUUGUCGAUACUCUUAGAGAAAACACUCAGCAAGGCUUUGUCCGGGAGCUCGGGGGAUUACGGCAUUCAGGCGACCGAAAAGCCAUGGGAGUUGUCUUGUACGACGAAUCCGGUCAGGGGGAACAAAUACUAGGUGCCAUCAAGAACCAUCUGGCAAAGAUGAACGCCGCCAUGAUGCUAGAACGGGUGCACCAUGCGAAAAGUUUGAACGAGGUCAAAAAGCUUGCGUCCAAAAACGCAUUUGCGUUUGCUUUUCUGCGUCAGUUUGAUAAGGAGUGGUACAGAACUUUGAAGACAACGUGGACGAAUAAGGGCAUGCUAAGUCAGGUAAUCGUGAAGGAUUUGACCGGGCCCCGUGGAACACCGAUUGCCAUGGCUGUGGCGCAGCAGGUGUGCGCCAAAGGUGGCCAGCUGAAUUGGGUACUGGACAUCAAUAAAUUGUGCCCCUCACUUGCCUCUAAAAUUGGAUCCGCAGGAAUAUUGAUUAUUGGGGCUGAUAUUGGAAGAGAUAAGCAGGAGCUGCGCACCGACGAAUCAACGGUCGAGCAAGACAUUUAUACGGUGGCCUUUGUGGCCUUCCACGUCCGUGGAACGCGGUGGGAAACUUACUGCGGCCACUACCAAGUGGAUGGCCGCAAGCGAAGUUUAUUCGCUCAGAGCCCGCAAACGGAGGGCUCAAGUGUCUUGGAAAAAGCUUCCAUGCCCUCUGAGGUGCUCUCAGGAAAGCUGAGAGGCUUCUUGGACGAGGCGAGGCGGCACUUUCUGGACAAGGGUUUACAAACUUCUGCGGUGCUGCUUCUUCGUGGUUGCGCGUCCGAGGGCGAGCUGUUGGCGGCCAAGGAGCACGACGUGGACCUGCUAAGUGGGUCCUUAAAAGAAAACGUCCUGUGGGGAGUUGUGGCGUCGCAGCGCUACCAACAUACACGCUUUGCCGCCGCCACACCCAAGGAGCCAGACACACUAUGCAAUGUCCCACGCGGCUUUGUGACGUGUGAGGGGACCGACUCGAAAUUUGGCGAGUCAUUUUUUCUUAGCAGUGCGAACUGCACACUUGGCCACGCGCGCGCCACGCUGUAUGUCGUGCUGGGGAGAAAACAAAAUUUUUUGCUGUCUGAGAUGCAGGCACUACUGUAUGGGAUGUGUUUCCUGUACCCGAACAAAACGGAUGGCCUCCCGUUGCCACUGCCGCUGAAGUGCGCGUCCGAGUACGCGCGGAAGUUUGUGUUUUUGCGCGAUGUCAAAAACCCUUCAAAGGAGAUGCGAGACAAGCUGCACUACCUGUAG